CCCCCCCCACUCCACCCGAGCCUCGGACUGCAUUCGGGCGCUGCUGGACAGGACAAGAGGAAGGAAUAAACACAUCUGAUGAAAGCCAUGGCUUUAAAGGUCCUGCUUGAGGGAGGGAGAGUGCCCCUCAUCACCACGCUUCUCCUAGGCUAUUUGUCAUGUAAAGUGAUUUGUGAAACCGGAGACUGCAGACAACAAGAAUUCAAGGAUCAGUCUGGAAAUUGUGUCCUCUGCAAACAGUGUGGGCCUGGCAUGGAGUUGUCCAAGGAAUGUGGCUUCGGCUAUGGAGAGGAUGCACAGUGUGUGCCCUGCAGGCCGCACAGGUUCAAGGAGGACUGGGGCUUCCAGAAGUGCAAGCCAUGUGUGGACUGUGCCUUAGUGAAUCGCUUUCAGAGGGCCAACUGCUCACACACCAGUGACGCUGUCUGUGGGGACUGCUUGCCCGGAUUUUACCGGAAGACCAAACUUGUUGGUUUUCAAGACAUGGAGUGUGUGCCCUGCGGAGACCCACCUCCUCCCUAUGAACCACACUGUACCAGCAAGGUGAACCUUGUGAAGAUCUCGUCCACAGCCUCCAGCCCUCGGGACACAGCCCUGGCUGCCGUCAUCUGCAGUGCUCUGGCCACCGUGCUGCUAGCCCUGCUCAUCCUGUGUGUCAUCUACUGCAAGAGACAGUUCAUGGAGAAAAAGCCCAGCUGGUCUCUGCGGUCACAGGACAUUCAGUACAAUGGCUCUGAGCUGUCAUGUUUUGACCAGCCUCGACUCCACCACUGCGCCCACAGACCAUGCUGUCAGUGUCACCGGGACUCAGCCCAGACAUAUGGGCCUGUUCACCUGAUUCCAUCCUUGUGCUGUGAGGAGGCCCGCAGCUCUGCUCGCACUGCCCUUGGCUGUGGGCUGCAUUCUUCGGCUACCCUUCAGGAGAGAAAUGCUGCUUCAGUGGGGGACACCAUGCCAGCUUUCUUCGGGUCUGUCUCCAGGUCCAUCUGCGGUGAGUUUUCUGAUGGCUGGCCUCUGAUACGGAAUCCUGUGGAAGGCGACAUCUCUCUUUGUGACUCGUAUCCUGAACUCAUUGGAGAAGAUAUCAACUCCCUCAAUCCAGAAAACGAAAGCUCAACAUCUCUGGAUUCCAGUGGCGGUCAGGAUCUGGCUGGGACAGCUGCUCCAGAUUCUUCUGGAAAUUUCACAGAAGCUACUGACUCGCCUAGAUAUGGUGAUACAGUCUGGGAACAGACCCUAGCUCAGGGUGCCCAGAGGACUCCAAGCCAAGGAGGUUGGGAAGGCAGUGGCAACUUGAGCUUAGCUACACCUACGUCCUUCCAGGAUGCCUGAAGGCCAUCUUCCUGAAGUGGAGGUGUGGCUGUGGACACGCCUGUGUUGAGGCUUACAGACUGAGCAGUCUUGACCUUCUAUGGCUUCUGGAAGCAAUAAUAAUCUGAACCAAGCUGGCAGCAUUUCCAGCCUUUCAACCAGUUGCUUCUGAGCCAGACCAGCUGUAAGCUGAAACCCCAGUGAGAAGCAAGGAGAGACCGUAGGCGGCCGCAGGACCUGCACUUCUUCCCCAAGCAAGAACUUUAGCUGAGGGCAAUUUGAAGGACCGAUGGGUGGAAUGUGCUGCCUGCGAAAUUGUGGGAAUGGUAGGACCCAGCCUGGCUCUUCCUGAUGUUCAUGGUGAAUGAGGUUUCACGAGUCCCAGCAUAUAAACUUUCAUAGACAUUCUCUUUCAGAAACAACCCAUUACCCUAUGGUAAAGCUGUGGCAGAUUCCUUUCUUAGAUUUUAGGUGGAGCUCUGGAGAUUUCUAUUGAGGAAAAGCGACUUUGUCAUCAGCAGAGUGGUACGCAUCAGUGGUUUGAAGGAGCUUUGUAGCCCUGCCUAAAUUGUAGUUUGGUGAAGUUGACUGGCCUAUCUGUUAUGAGCAGCUCUUUUGCUCCCCACCCCCACCCCAGUGUGUGACAGAACUGACAGGAGAGGAGGCCUGGGUUAUAGAAUUUGGCUGUGAAUGUAGAUAGACUAUGGCACAAGGGGAAGAAAAGGAAAGGGCAUUACCCUACUGUGCAAACCACCUACUAUGCAUAUCCUGAAGCUUGGCUGUGCGUGCUAGGAUUGCUGACUGUAGAAACGUGUUAGGUCUGCCCCUGUACUGAGCUUACAAGGCCCAGAUUUCUCAUAUAGAAAGGAAAUAUUUAUAAACAUAGUAUAAUCUGCACCCAAGCUUAUAUGAAAGGCUUCAGCAUAUCCAGUGUGCUACGGAAGGGUCCUUCGUGAGAAUCCAGUGUGUAUUAGAACCAGAUGUGGAAAAGUGUGGUUGACAGACAGUCAACAGGCUCCCUGGUGCCAUGUAUCUAACCAAGGCUUUGUAAUACUCAUGGUGUUCUUAUGUGGGGGUGUUCUGUAAGGUGUUCCAUAUUCUUCCAUGAUGGCAUUUCUUCCCAGACAGUCUCUAAAGCUAAGAAAGAGCUAGGACUAGUUUUUCUUUUCAUCUUUACCCUAUGGCUUCAUUGAGCAGGAUUUGCUUGGUUUCCAGUUUGAACUUAUGUUAUCAGAUUUGGCCUCUGCCUUUCAACCCUUGUCUGUUGUUCUGUUACUUUUACACUUUAAAAAGCUAGAUCUAUGAGCAUCAAUCAGGGUGAUAGAAUUCACUAGCAGAUCUGUUUUGAAGAUGCCCUGCUUAAAUCGGGCUCUUUUACCCAACCCUGAAACCAAUCAUUGAGAUGCUGUCUUCCUAGAGUCUUUCAUCUUCUGUUUCCCACUAUAGUUUUCUCUCUUUGUAAGACAUGAAUAGAAUUUAAUGAGCCCCCUUCCUGUGACCUCUCUCUAUUCAUUAUCAUAGCUUUUGAUGUGUGGCUUAUCCAUAUCUAUUGCUUCCCAUGACAUCUGUUCUUUUACCAGAUGUAGGAAGAACACUGCCAUAGUGUUCCAUGGUAGUCCAUAUCUGCUUUCAUGUCCACGAGGCGCCCAGUCAUAACCUAUUGGCAUUUUGUUUGUGUGUCCCCAACCCUUAUGUGAGUCUGUGUUUAGGAAAGUGAUAAAAUAUUUAGGAUUUAACCAGCUUGUAACCAUGAGGAUGAAAGCCGAGCUCCCCUUAAUGGCCUACUCUUAAUACACAUGUGUGUGCCAUGUUUGCAACCCAAUCAUCUGUGUUAUGACAGAGAUGAUCAAAGCCAGCAGGGUUGCGUUCCUUUGUGUAACCUGAAUAUAUUUUCCACAUGCUUAGCCCUGAUGGACUUCAAAGACAGACACGGGAUUGGAAUCGAGACUUUGGCCCCGAAUCCCGAAACCUCACUUUCAAUCAGAAGAGAAAUGCUGAGGGUUAAAAAUUGAUCUCAUCUGAUGCUGCAUUUGGAAGAUCCUGGAUUAUCAUCAGAAAGGCAGACUCCUCCCGCUGGCCACUCUAGAAACAUGCAAUAGUGUUUUAUAUUUUAUACUCUAAACAAGAGGGGAAAACUGCAACCUGCACUCUCGUUAUUGGAACAUCUUACAAGGCUGUUUACAUGGGAGCUGGAGUGCUGAUGUCAGGCACUGGUCUGGAGAGGCAUCUAGGCAUAGGGGAAACCAGCAAUACCUUUCACAUGGCAGAAACAAGGACAAGAUGGAGACAAGGAUUUUUGGAUCAUUCAGGGCAAGUCAUGUGUUUUCUAUUUUGAAUAUAUGGAAUAUAUUUUGAAUUGCGGGGUUUUCUACAAGAGUUACUGCUGCUGUUACUUAUGAUAAACACUGCUGUCUGUGUCAGAAGAAAAGGAACAGAAAAGGAAAAAAGAAACAAUCAUUGCUUUUAAGAUAGUUUAUAUCAGCUUAGAUAUCAUCACAACUGUUUUAAUGCUGGAAUUUAUAAAUUGUAAGUUAUCGCUUUCCAAUACAAACCUUUUUUUAAUGCUUUUUAAAAAUUGUGAAUAAAAUUGAUACUUGUUAUUCUUA